CGUGGAAGCCUUGAGGGAACUUCUACAACCAAAAUACAAUGGUACAAACUACUACAAAGUAGUGAGAGAAAUGAUAGGAGGAAUUCGAUUGGAUGAGACAGUAACCAAUGUGGUUAUCCCAACCUUCGAUAUGAAACUUCUCAAACCAACCAUCUUUACUUCUUCCCAGGCAAAACGUGAUGAAUCUAUGAUGGCGUUGCUAUCAGAUGUGGUCAUUGGCACUGCUGCCGCUCCAACUCUUUUCCCACCAUAUAGCUUCCAGAUUACCACAUCGGAAGGAGUCACCACUAAAUUUAACCUCUAUGAUGGUGGUCUGGUAGCUGGAAAUCCUACAUUGGUUGCUCUAACUGAAACGGUAAAGGAGAUGAAUGGGAACGUGGAUUAUACAAAGUUUCGGGUUCUCUCUCUUGGCACAGGAACAGAAGAGUUCCAAGGAUAUGAAGCUGAUAGUCACUGUUGGGGCAAAGUUGCUUUAAAAUAUCUAUUAUAUGAUCCAAUACUCUCGACUGCCGGAGAACGCAUGGCUGAAGUAUAUGCUGGCAUGCUUCUCCGAACUGAUAUUUACCCAAACAACUAUAUACGGAUACAGAUUGACACCUUAAACAGCACUGAAAAUAACAUGGAGGAUCCAAGCACUGAAAACCUUCAGAAUCUUGUGGAAAUAGGAGAAAAACUCUUGAACCAAACUCUUACUAGGUACGACCCAAGUACUGGUAGGUUUCUACCAGUUAGUAAUGGUGUCACAACUCGGCAGUCUCUCCUUAGGUUUGCAGAAGAAUUAUCUGCUGAGAAGAAACGGCGUGAGACUAAGCGCAAAUUAUUUGGAGCCAUAUGAUAUUCCCUGCUGCUCUUUAGUACUUAUUUAAGACACGAUUAGAGCUAAGUUAGCAAAUAGUUGUUCUAAAUAAAACCAUGUCAAGAAAUAAAGGGAAGGGAAGGGAACCUUGAGAAGCCCUAAUAGUGUGUGUUUAUGUUUGGACAUUUGGUGAUGGAUACACCACAUCUGCAUAUAUGUUUGCCAUAUUUACUACUUAAUAUUGUAAUAUCAAUAAAAUUCAGGAGUGAUUUAUCAGCUUGGAUUUA